AUGACUUCAUUGAUUCAAGCAUUGAGUACUGAAUUUGCUAUGAAUCAACUAGGAGAUUUAAGUUUUUUCUUGGGUAUUGAGGCUGUUAGAACUGAUAAUUAUAUUUUACUGACUCAAAAGAAAUAUACUUCGGAGUUAUUUGCUAAGUCAAACAUGCUUGAUUGCAAGCCUUGUAAUACUCCAAUAGUUAAAGAAUCUAUGGCUUCUAUAUAUGAUGGUAAUUUACUGACAGAUGCUGCAGCAUACAGGAAACUAGUAGGAACUUUAAAGUAUCUAACAUUCACAAGACCAGAUAUUGCUUUUGGAGUGAAUUAUGUGUCACAAUUCAUGCAUGCUCCCACAGACUUACAUAUGCUUUUGGUUAAGAGAAUUUUAAGGUAUCUUAAAGGGAGAAUUGGUGUUGGUCUUACAUUAUGCAAAGGUGAUAUAUCUUGUUUAAGAGCUUAUACAGAUUCUGAUUGGGCUGGAUGCCCUGAUACAAGAAGAUCCACAUCUGGAUAUGCUAUUUUUCUGGGAGAUUCUUUAAUAUCAUUGAGUAGUAAGAAGCAACCAACAAUUUCAAGGUCCUCUGCAGAAGCAGAGUAUGAGUGUUUAUCUGUGACAACUUCUGAGUUAGAAUGGUUAUCAAACUUGUUAAAAGAAUUACAUAUAAAUGUUUCUUAUCCAAUUCAGUUGUUCUAUGAUAAUACUUCAGCUAUAUUUUUAGCUUCUAACCUUGUGUUUCAUGUCAGGGCAAAACAUAUAGAAGUACAGUAUCAUGUGGUGAGGGACUUGGUGUCUGCUGGAUUUCUGAAGAUUAGUCAUGUUGCAUCUGAGAAUCAGCUAGCAGAUAUCUUUACCAAAGGUUUAUGUUCUCCAACUUUUGUACACUUACUUCAUCAACUACUAGGAUCUUCACAUUCUUCAUUAGUUACUGGGAUUGGUUCUUCAUCUACUGCAACAGUGUUUCCUUCUCUUGAAGAUAUUUCAGAAGCUUUAAGUUCUUCUUGUAUUUUCUUUCAAGUUGAUUCUCAGGGUGUAGGUAUCAACUUGAGGGGGCUAUUGGUAAGUCAAAUAGUAAAAUCAGACCGGAUUAUCAAAGUCAAUGAUUGGCUUUUGUCCUUGUAA